CAGUUUUUAGCGUUUAUUAGCCCGUUGGACGUCAAAAAAAAAAGGAUCUCCGCCUAAAAAUUUAAGAUGUUAUGCAAUCCAAAACCGUCGAAGGAUCCAAAAAACUUCAGAUUUCCCUUACAAUGCAUCUGGCUAAAACUGAACGGAUCGUGGCCACUGAAACCCAAGGUGACUGGAGAGUUUGAGAAAUACUUUCGCUUGCUGUACAGCACUUGGGCCUGGUAUGUGGUGGUUAUGGUUGGCAUAACCAUCGGUUUUCAGAGUGCAUUCCUGCUCAAAUCCUUCGGCAAUAUAAUGGUCACCACAGAGAAUGGUUGCACCACAUUUAUGGGUUUGUUAAACUUUGUGCGUUUGCUGCAUUUGCGACUGCAUCAACGGGACUUUCAACAAUUGUUAGCACAGUUCGUUAAGGAUAUCUGGAUCACGAGCUCCUCCCAUCCCACCGUUGAGCGCGCUUGUGCCCGCAAUAUGCGUGUCUUUCAAGUAAUCUCGGUGCUCCAGUCCAGUCUCAUUACUAUGUACUGCAUUCUGCCCUUGGUGGAACUUUAUAUGCUAACGGUGAAUAUGGAACCCGAUGCCUUGGAUACCGUGCCGAAGCCAUUUCCUUAUAAAAUGUUAUUCCCUUACGACGCAAAUCACGGCUGGCGUUAUGCGCUCACCUAUUUAUUCACCGCUUGGGCCGGUGUUUGUGUGGUGACCACACUCUUUGCUGAAGAUUCGCUAUUUGGCUUCUUUGUUUCUUACACUUGUGGCCAGUUUCGCAUUCUACACACACAAAUCGAUAAUAUUAUACCCGAUUCGUAUGCAGCGACGCGAGCUGGACGUGGCACUGAGCCGGUCUUCCAACGGGAAUGCAUUCGGCGUCUGGAUAAAAUCGCCAACAAACAUUGCGUAUUAUUUAAUUUCGUCAUUCGCAUGGAGGAGUUCUUCAGUCCAAUUUUAUUGGUGAAUUUCUUGAUUUCAUCGGUUCUAAUUUGCAUGGUGGGCUUUCAGUUAGUGACAGGUCAAAACAUGUUUAUUGGUGAUUACGUAAAGUUUUUGGUUUAUAUUCUCUCUUCGCUCUCUCAAUUAUUUGUGCUUUGCUGGAAUGGUGACAAUAUAAUUCAAAACUCGCUUGAGAUGGCCAACCACUUGUAUGCCUGCAACUGGGAGAGUAGUGUCAAAGUAGCAGCUGAUGAAGAAAAACAGGAAUCUUUUCCAAUCGUUUCUUAUUCCACCAGUGCUGCUUUUCGCAAGAACUUGCAAUUCAUGAUUAUGCGCAGUCAACGGCAGACAUGUAUAACGGCGAUGAAGUUCUCAAUAUUGUCGCUGAACAGCUUCUCCGGUUUAAUCAGCUCGUCGAUGAGCUAUUUCGCACUUUUGCAAAGUUUCUAUGAGAACGAAGAAAACUAAGCAGUGGCAGUGGCUUCAUCUG